UGUUGGAGUGUAAUUAAGUCGACGAGUACAGAGUAUUUUCAGUGUUCGAAGCAUUACAGAAAGCUGACGAGGGAGCGAGGCAUAGAGCAGCGGGAGCAACAGCUAAAGAAGAAAAAAAAACGAGAGAAGAAAUCGUUCAGAGUGUUGGGAGAUAACUCGUAUUAUUAUAAACAAUAUAUAUUAUAUUUGUGUAUAUAAUACAGUACAAUUCGUGGUUCUAUUUGUGAUUAUAUUUUUUCGAAAAAGCGUUUAAUGUCCUUAACUUGAUAAUAAGUGAAUCAGUUGUGUCUCAUCUGGCAGCGAAUUAACAUCUCCCCGGGCAAGCAAAGCGUGGUCGUUUGUCUAUCAAUGUUAAAUGUUGGUGAUCUUAUAUGUGAAUUUACUAUGCAAAUAGCCUCUUGGGACUGCACGACAUCAGAUUAAAUUGCAUCGAGACUUUUUUUCGGAGCGGAUUUUGGGGGUGAUCGCUACGAAGAUCCAGAAAAUCCUGAUUAUAUUCAAACAAGAACAUUGAGAGAAGUUGCUCAAAUCAUUAUUGGAUUUUUUCCAGCAGCGGCAGCAACAAAGAGAAGAGGAAAAGUGUGGAGAAAAUUGUUUUGUGUUUUAGUGAUUUUUCCUUAAAACUUUUUUUUUGUUAAUCAAUUAAGAGAGAUCCUGUUAAAGAAUAAAUUGUGCGCAGUGAAAAAGAAAGGAAAUGCCAGAAUUGAGUCCCGAAGUGUUUGUCACAGACACGGCAAGCUCAAAAAGUAGCUUAAUUGUUGUAUCAAAUCGAUUGCCAUUUGUGCUGAAAACCAAUCCGGAAACCAAAGCUCUCGAGAGGAAGCCAAGUGCUGGCGGUUUGGUAACGGCUGUUUGUCCCGUGGUAAUCCAAGGCAAAGGACUAUGGGUAGGAUGGUCAGGGAUUCAUAUGAAGGACGACGAUGUGGUGAUCCCGGAAUCAGACCCAAAUGAUCACACCCCAACGGCUGGUCUCAAAUCCUCACAGGUCGUUUGCGUAAAUAUGGAUCCCUUGAUCUUUGAUUCGUACUACAAUGGCUGCUGCAAUGGUACAUUUUGGCCCCUUUUCCACUCAAUGCCCGGUCGAGCGGUCUUCAGCGCUGAUCACUGGCGCAGCUACGUGACAACCAAUAAGCAGUUUGCCCGACGCACCAUUGAGGCCCUGGAGCGUUGCCAUGCGAAUCAGCGUGAGAAUGCGGGAACACCGAUUGUCUGGAUCCACGACUACCAUCUCAUGCUUGCGGCUAACUGGGUACGCGAAGCGGCCGAGGAGAAGGGCCUCGCUUUCCAGCUGGCCUUUUUCCUCCACAUCCCCUUCCCGCCGUGGGACAUCUUUCGUCUACUUCCGUGGUCGGAUGAGAUCCUUCAGGGAAUGCUGGGAUGUGACAUGGUCGGCUUUCACAUUCGCGACUAUUGUCUCAAUUUUGUUGAUUGCUGCCAACGGAGUCUGGGAUGCCGUGUUGAUCGGAAGAAUUUGCUCGUUGAGCACGGUGGGCGAUCCGUGAGGAUUCGUCCACUUCCGAUUGGCAUCCCUUUUGAGCGUUUUGUUGAACUUGCCACAAGUGCCAAGCGUGUGAUCAAGACAAAGCAACAGGUGAUCCUUGGUGUUGAUCGUCUUGACUACACCAAAGGUCUCGUCAACCGUCUCAAGGCCUUUGAACUGCUCCUUGAGAAACAUCCUGAGCACCUUGGGAAUGUGAAUCUGCUGCAAAUCUCUGUGCCAUCGCGUACAGAUGUGAGGGAGUAUCAGGAGCUGAAGGAGGAGAUGGAUCAGCUUGUUGGAAGAAUAAAUGGUCGCUUCACAACACCCAAUUGGUCCCCAAUACGCUACAUCUACGGAUGCGUUGGCCAAGAUGAGCUGGCGGCUUUCUACAGGGAUGCUUCAGUUGCUCUUGUGACACCCCUGAGAGAUGGAAUGAAUCUCGUGGCGAAAGAGUUUGUAGCGUGUCAGAUUAAUGAUUCCCCUGGGGUGCUGAUUGUCUCACCAUUCGCCGGUGCUGGAGAGAUGAUGCACGAAGCAUUGCUGUGCAAUCCGUAUGAGAUUGAUGAUGCCGCCGAGGUGAUUCACAGGGCACUCACAAUGCCUGAGGAUGAACGGAAGCUACGUAUGAGUCGACUGAGACGACGUGAGAUGGAGAAUGAUGUCAAUCACUGGAUGAGGUGCUUCCUGAAGGCGAUGGGAUCCUUGGAAGAGGACGACAUUGGCACAACUUCAAUGCAACCUGUUUCCAUUGAUGACUUCGAUGAAUCCCUCCUCAGCUACAUUGGCUACAACCACAAGCUGGCCCUCCUACUCGACUACGACGGCACCUUGGCACCAAUUGCUCCACAUCCAGAUCUCGCUAUUCUCCCCCCGGAAACAAAGAAUGUCCUCCUGCGUCUCUCAAAUCACUCCGAUGUGCACAUUGCCAUUGUUUCGGGACGCAAUGUGGACAAUGUGAGGCAAAUGGUGGGAAUUGAAGGGAUCACAUACGCCGGCAGUCAUGGCCUGGAGAUCAUUCAUCCCGAUGGCAGCAAGUUUGUACAUCCGAUGCCCAUUGAGUUUGAGGACAAAGUUAGCCUCCUGCUGAAGGAGCUCCAAGAUUCCGUUUGCGGAGAUGGAGCUUGGGUGGAGAACAAAGGUGCCCUCUUGACAUUCCACUAUCGUGAGACUCCUGUGGAACUGAGGUCAACAAUGGUGGAGAAAGCGCGGCUGAUUAUCAAGAAAUUCGGCUUCCUCGCUCAUGAUGCCCACUGCGCACUUGAGGCCAAACCACCGGUACAGUGGAAUAAGGGACGUGCCUCAAUCUACAUUCUCAGGACUGCCUUUGGGGUGGAUUGGACUGAACGCAUGAAGAUUAUCUACGCUGGAGACGAUGCCACUGAUGAAGAUGCAAUGCAGGCUCUCAAAGGUAUAGCAAUGACUUUCCGUGUGACUUCAUCACACAUCGUGAAGACAUCUGCCCAGAGACGUCUUCCAUCCACGGAUUCCGUGCUCACGAUGCUAAAGUGGGUGGAGCGUCACUUUAUGCGACGCAAGCCACGCGCUAAUUCGCUAACGUACAAAAGUCGCAGGAAAGAUGGGCUCAAGAUGCAAAUGUGCUUUGAUCUAUCAUCACCAAAUACUCACACCAGCAGCUCAGAUGAGCCCCAUGAGUAGCCAGGGGGCUCGCGGAGUUUCACCAUGGAGCUCUGCAGUUAAUAAAUGCAUAAUCAACUCUAUCUUUGGGAUUUAUUUGUAAUUCAGUCGCAUGUUAUCAUAAUUUUAUAUUGAAACACUUUAUUUGUGUGAUUAAAUGCCAUUUUUACUGAC